GACGAUUCGACGAGUUGGAAAUAAUUAUUUGAAGAGCGAGAAAUUCCACCUCUCGUCUCGCAACACUCACCUCGCAGGUAUCCUAUGUAGUCUUGCAGAUACUUCACACUGUUCUUCUUUGUCAAGGCUCCCAUCGCGAUGUAGAGUUCAUUCCUUGCGUUUGUUGCAUUGCCGGGCUAUCUCCAGCCCUGAUCAUGCACGCAGAUUUGUCAUGAGCGGAAUCUUCCAGCGGAGCGUUGGUCUCGCCUGCAUUGCUGGCGAGCAUUCGACAGAGUUUUGUCGUAGCAGGUCUCCAUAACGUCCGUCGGAAAAGAUGUUUGUCCCCGCUGGCUUUCAGAAUGGCAGGACCAGUGAUACGAUGGUGGUUGUUCUGGCAAUUGUGUUGACAGCGACGUUAAACUUUGCAAACGCGCGCCACUACUAUUGCGCUGUACAAUCAGCGUUAUGGUAUUACUGCUCUUAUGGUAGUGCCCCCUCUUUUAUCACUACAGUGUAUUCAGCAGAAAGCAUAGAGCUCCACGAAGUUCCCCCUAGCGAGAUUUCCCGUAUAGCAAAAUCACCGAAGCUCCUGAAAUGGCUGAAAUUUUCCAAUAAUGCAAUGCAAACUGUCAGUCCUGAUUCUUUCACCGGAUUUUCCGCCCUUGAAGUGCUUAUUUUCAGCCAUCAGCGCAUACAGUCGGUUCGCUUGACUGGAUUGAACAACUUGCAGCUGUUAGAGAUCACAGAUAACACCGUGUAUUUUCCCACCAUAUCCCCGGAUACUUUCAAGCAGCUGCCUUCUCUCAAAACACUGAAACUGACAGGAAACAUUCUCUCCAACUGGCCAGUUGGCUUUCUCAACUUCUCGACUCCAUUAGCGGUAUAUAUUGACAACACUGACUUAUCAAGAAACCCUACUCGACUGUGUCAAUCUUCUCCAUCGCCAUCUGUUACGCUUUAUUUAGACACAAAUGGCACUAUGUAUUCGCCGGAGGUUCUAUGCAACUGUACUUUGCUACAGUCGCAGAUCUGUCCCCCACUCAGCACCUGUUAUGGUACCAUAUGGAAUUACGUAUGCAUAUCGCCAUGGUCACCGUCACCCUCACCGUCACCCUCACCGUCACCGUCACCGUCACCGUCACCGUCACCUUCAACGUCAAUGUCAUCCUCACCGUCACCAGCACCAGUCAAGCGUGCGUUGUGCGCGAAGCUCGCGGCCGUACAGAAUGGCGCCCUGUCCGAGGAUUCUCUGCGCACACAGGCCACACUGCAGUGCGACCCGGGGUACCGGGCAGCCUCUGGAAACGUGUUUGACUGCGUUGAGAGUCGUGGCAUUUGGACGUGGAGCGGUGGCAGCCCGCAAUGCCAAAUACCGGUGCGCAAGUGCACUCAACCAAACGUCCCAGCUGGCACGGUGAUCUCCUAUGCCGCACCUGGCAAUGCAACGGUCGGCCAGACGCUCACGUUGCAGUGCCCAGUCGGACACGUCUAUCCGAACGGCCGUGCAUUCGAGUGCCUCCCCAUCGCGGGAAACUACUCGGCAGGCGCGUGGAAUAGCACGAUCGAGUGCAGAAAAUCCAUCCUGCACUAUUGUCCCAAACCAAACCUCCCUGUAGGCACAGUGAUCUCCUACGGCUGGUCAGGUGGCCGUUUGCCUGGCGAGAUCCUCACCAUACAAUGUCCGCCGACGUAUGUGUCGGCGAACGGUCGCGUGUUCAAGUGCAUCGGCGACCCUGGAAGCAGCUCAGCGGGCAUGUGGAAUGCCACUGUGCUGUGUAGAGAAGAUGGCUACCGUUGUGCCGGUACGCUAAACAAGCUUGUUCUGCCUAGCCAUUCCGACGACCGGACGUAUCAAUCGGCUGAGACCGAGUGCAGAUCACUCGGAGCAAGGCUGGUAUCACGAGACACACUGUCUUGUGUCGAGCAAUUCCGGACGGUAACAGGCAACCAAGCCGUUUUCUGGUUGAAGGAUACUACAACGUUACUUCGGUCAGCGACUUCUGCUCUCCACACGGAUCUGGGUGUGGACGAGCUGUCCAGUGUUUUUUCUGUCGUUUGCGAAAUGACAUAUCAGCAUCAUUGUAACCUGACCAAUACCACGCUGUUGAUGCCACAUGUACGAGAGUCCGAAGUCAACUACUCGCGUGCCGUCACGUUGUGUGAUUCGCUGGGCGGCCAUCUGCCCGACCGGCACGAGGCGUCUUGCGCCUACGCUUUCCUCCAGGUCAACGAGGACUCAAUGGGUGCCUGGUUGCGCGAUGCAGCACCGACUGGCCAGGCGUUUGUCACCAACUUGUCCCUCGUUGCCUCCGUCUCUGUCAGUAGUCAGAACCGGGUGAUAUGUGAAGAGCACGUUGCUGAUGACUACUGUCCAUGGCUGUCGGUGCCCAACGGAAUAGUCACCUAUGGACGUGGUCGCCUGCUAAAGAAACGGGCAGAUCUGACAUGUGAGCAUGGCUAUAAUGCAGAGAACGCGCUGGUCAAUUGCGUGAGCAAGACGAAGUUCAGCGGCCAAUGGGAUGGCGUUCCAGCCUGUCGCUUGAACCCAACCUACUGUCCAUACUACUCUGUGCCCAAUUAUGGCAAGGCCCUGUACAGCAGCAGCAACAGCAGGUCGCUGACAUCCACGUUGACGGUGCAGUGUAAUUUCGGCUACACGGCUACUCCCAGCAGCACUAUGACUUGCACCGCACACACGGCCGCACAAGGAAAGUGGGAUGUGAACGCUGACUGUGCUUUAAAGUCUGGAUACUGCAGUGUGUUCAAUAUCAGCCAUGGAUCUGUGUCCUAUAAGGGCACCCCUGCGCGAAUAUUGGGCUCAGCGGCUACCGUGCAAUGCUUGCAUGGUUAUGUGGUGCAGGGCAGUGCAAACCGCAUCUGCCAGAUCCGCAACGUUAGCAUUGGCAUGUGGAGUGGCUCGGCUAUCUGUCAAGCCAUCAAAUACUACUGCCAAACACUGACAUUCAGCAGUGGACAGCUGAGUACGUCCGGUCUCGGGAUAGUGGGCAGCAGCGAGACACUGAAGUGUAAUGCUGGCUACAGUGUACAGGCAUCAGCCAGUACUAGCUAUACAUGCAAUGCCAGUACUAGUGUGACGGGUGUGUGGAUUGGAACUGCACGCUGCCAGGUUCUUGUGGACUACUGUCCUGCAAUGGUGGUAUCGCACGGCUUUGUGGCGUACGCGGACAGCAGGAAAGUUGGGACGACGGCCAGCGUGACUUGCAAUGAGGGUUACGUGCCAUCAGGUUCCACGUCCACGGCGCGUUGCACAGCCAAUACACCUCUAAGUGGAGCGUGGGAUAGACAACUGCUGUGCGUUGUUGACACGGACUAUUGUACUCACCAUGGUGAUGUUGCCAACGGCAACGUGAAGUACGACGCAGGACAGCAGAAGGACGCCAUUGCCAGGCUGCACUGUCACCAUGGCUACACGGCGCCGGACGGCCUCUGGCUGGCGUGCAUUGCUUCAAGCCUCUCCGGCACUGGCAGCUGGAACUCCUCAGCCACCUGCUCUUUCAUCCCCGACUACUGCCCACCGCUGAGCAUCGCCAAUGCCCAGCUUCCCAGCACGCCCUACCAGAAGGUGGGUGACACGGUUGCCAUAGCGUGUAACCAUGGCUACCAAGCGUCCACGCCACUGCCCUACGUGUGUUUGGCUCACAGCGCCACCGUCGGCAUGUGGAAGAUCACUGGGACUUGCCAGAGAAAGGGUAAUUAUUGCCCGCCAGUGACCGUUGCUGACGGCGUUACACACAAUAGCGGGCCGCGGAGAAUAGACGACACGACCUCGGUGCAGUGCAAAGAAGGCUUUGCAGCCACGGCUGGGAUCACGUUCAGCUGCAAUGUGCAUACAGCAACCACUGGUGUUUGGAGUGGAGCUCCGGUUUGCACUGCCAUUGCCACCUACUGUGCAGCCCUCGACAACAUAGCCAACGCUCAAGUGGACCAUAGUAACGGCACGACAAUCGGCAGUUGGGCAAACAUGUCCUGUGUCAUUGGUGCAAUACGGCCAUACAAUCACGUCCGAUGCACCACUGUCUCACCAGGAGUUGGCCGCUGGGCCGGAAAUUUGACGUGUCCGCUAUUGGCCACGUAUUGUUCACUGCCGGAUAUCGGAGAUGGCCAAAUCCUGGAUCCUAAAAAGCGUCGUGUUGGUGACGUCCUGGUUUUCACCUGCCAUAACGGAUACCGCGCAACCAGCGGACUGCAGCUACUGUGCCAGGCUGACUCGCGGACGUCUGGAACGUGGAACACUGCAUCGAAGUGCACCGCUAUACCCCGCUACUGUCGAGUGUUGUCCGUAUCCAAUGGCAAGGUGACGCAUAGAGACAGUAGUCGCAUACACGACUCCACAGCCAAGCUGGACUGUCAUGUAGGCUAUACUCCCAGUGACCUGGCAACGGAUUUCUCAUGUACAGCCAGCAACAGUACACACGGUGACUGGAGUGCACAGCCCAAGUGCAGUGCCAUCAGUAAAUACUGUCCAGGAGUGACUGUGGAUCAUGGCACUGUUCGCUAUUCAAACAAGCAGUCCAUCCUCUCCAUGGCAACGCUGUCGUGUUACCCUGGUUACGUACCGGUCCAUGGCUCUGAGUUUGUGUGCCAACCGGGCGGGCCAGUGCAGGGAGCCUGGAAUGCUUCAAUGGAGUGCAGAGUCUACUGCCUGGAGAGACCCAUAGAGAAUGGACAGCUGAAGUACCAGGCCAAGUCGCUAGCGGGCUCCAGCGCCCGGCUGACGUGCAAACCCGGUUUCCAUUCGCUGACCGGAUACGACUACAAGUGUGAGACACACAACGAGACGCAUUCGCACUGGGCUGGAAAACAGAACUGCUCGUAUAUUCCAGAUUUCUGUCCUCAGCUGAAAGUCAGUAACGGCAGCUACGCGUACUCACACUCAUUUGAAUAUCGUCUCGGUACACUUGCUACGCUCACGUGCCGUGAAGGGCACGCCACCAAAUGCACGACGUCGCUAGAAUGCGUCGUCUCAUUGCCAACGAAUACCACUGGCGUGUGGAACAUGUCGUGUGGUUGCGAUGUCAUCGAAGACUUCUGUCCGCCCAUCACUGGCAGAGGCUUCUCAACAGCGUACACCGCCGCACGGGAAAUCGAGUCUGUAGCCGUGGUGACAUGUCACCCUGGCUACUCGGAGGUGAAUAACGAUAGUCUGAAAGCGACGUGCCUGGCGGUUACGAAUGUGACGGGCAGGUGGAACAACACUGUCGGGUGCAAGAGAAACACCGUUUACUGUCCGGAGAGUCACGUCAUUGAAAAGGGUCAGCUCACAUUCCCGGAUGGCUACACUGUGGAUUCCGUUGCACGUCUCUCCUGCAACAAGGACCUUGAACCGCACGGCGAGGUCCGCUUCUGGUGCACGGCCGUGGGCACGGACCGGGGAGAGUGGCAGGGCACUGGGCAGUGUCAGGAUAACGGCGCGGCGACACGCAAGAGACUGGCAACGAUCCUGCCGAACGUGGUUGCUGCCGUUUUCCUACUUGGCGUGCUAUACGUCACAAUGCGUCAGUGGUGGCACUCCAGAUCUCCCCGCGAGCGGAAGUACAAGAAGAACAUUGGCAAGAUCUUGAAGAGCCACGUGAUGCAGCAGCGCGCCAAGUCGACGCGCAGAGCCAGUGUUCCCAGCUUCUACGGAAUGGUUCCCACGGCGACCGAUUCGCCAGUCCCUGAGAAUGCCGUUUACCAGUCUGGCUCGGAUAUGCUCGUGUACACAGAGGGGUACGGGACACGAAACAAGUGCAUGCAAAGUGUGUCCAACCUUGGACUGGCCAGUGAAUCUCGAUCUGCCGUCGGGGGCCUGCAGGCGGCAGCGUCGCGAGCCACCAUUCGCAGUGGCGGCGCUAUGGAGUUCGGCGGCAUGCAAAGCGUGUCCAACUUUCGACUGGCCAGUGAAUCUCGAUCUGCCGUCGGGGGCCUGCAGGCGGCAGCGUCGCGAGCCACCAUUCGCAGUGGCGGCGCUAUGGAGUUCGGCGGUGGUGGUGCAAUGCUGUCCGCCCUGUCGAGAGCCACCCUUCACAGCGGUGGCGCUUUGGAGUGCAUGAGCAAUUUCGAUAUCCAGUCCAGCCUGGGAUUAGGCAUUCCCUCCCAGCAGCUGGGAGCAGCGUCUCAGAAAUCGGACAUCUACAACAUCUACAACGCCAGCGUACGGGACGUCGACCUGUACAGUGUGGAUGGAGCGAACCUGGCGCGGGGCGUGCCCAAGCUGCAGUUGAGGUCGAACAGCGAUGCUAGCAUGCAGGGUGGAAUGUCUCGUAGUGCAUCGCGACACUCGCAGAUGAUGGAGGCAAUGAUGGACACGUCAGAAACGGAGAGUACCGCCAGCGGCCAAGCCAAGUCUCAGUUGACGUUUAACGGCAUUCCAUCUCGCACUAAGCUGGGCUACACAAAGAUUGACAAGAAGACUGGACAGGGAAGAACAUCCAAGAUACGCCACAGCUUCGCAGCCGGUAACGAUGAGUACUCAAUGUACGACCUUGCCCGCUCGUCCCUCAUCAAGUUAGAUGGGAUCAGCGUUCCGAGUGACCAUGACGACAGGAUGAGCAUUUUCAGCGGCGCCUCGUCCAUGUCAGAUUUGUCGGUGGGACCACCAUUGCCCCCGCGUUGCCUAGACGACAUGACGCCCGUAGGGUACGUAAACCGUCCACGCCUGGAGAGCUCUGGGGCGUCGGGAUACACGAGCCGCCAACGCCUACUUUCCUCCGCCAGUGCACAGCAAGCAAGCUCCUCAGCGCUGCCGGGUUACGUCAACCGUCCACGUCUUCCGUCCGAGUCCAGUGCGCACUGGCAGAGCUCUGCAGUGCCCGGUCGUGCUCCUCCGUCGCUGCUGCUCUCCGACCGGGAAUGGACGACAACGGCCGGUGGCCGUUCCGACUCCAUUCCGAGCAUGCAGAGUGCUGUGUCGACAGUGUCCAGCCUUGGUGGUGAUGCCCAGGAUCCUGCCUACGGCGAUCUGGAUGUUGCACAGCAGCAACACGCAGCAAGCGAACCUGUUGUCGAGGACAAUUACCUGUGUGACAAUUUCGGUAGCGGCAGUGGCAGAAGAGACGCUUACCGCGAAGAAAAAACCUUACCUGUGGACAAUGUGGAUGUGUACGAGGAUUUGCCUGUGCAGUUGUCCGCAGCAACAUGGGCAACUGCUGACUGCUCUUCUGACAUGUCCCCACGUCCCGCUCGCCCUGUGGACGAUGCGCAGAUGCUUCCGCCACGCCCAGAUGCCCGCGUGCCUUCGCUACCUGCUCGCUCUGAGAGCGAGGCACCGAUGCUACCACCGCGCGCGGGCACUCUGUUGCCUGGUCUGCCUCCUCGCAGCGGCAGCAACAGCAGCACCACCGCACCUCACCUGCCGCGGAGAAACGAGCGGGAGUCGGCCAUGCCUGCCUCUCGCCAGGCAAGCGUCGCCACCGACCUACCACUCCAGUCAUACCUUAGCAGGGUGGCGUCCGUGCUCUCGAGCGGUGGCCUGCGCUCGAAGCGUGGCUCUGGUGAGAGUACGGCGCUGAGCAUUGGAGCCGGUCCAGCAGAACGAGCAGCCGGGGACGAGGACCUGUACGCGGAUACCGAUAUCCCGAUUCAGCCGCAGGACAACGAUGAUUACGGCAUGUACAACUCUGGAUCGCUGGCAUCAGCCGCGGAAAUCAUGGCCGCGGCCGCCUUGUCCAGCUCAGCAGCGCCAACAACAGAGCAGGAAGUCUAUGAUCAGACGUACUUCUCGCGGAAACAAGCCGCUCAGGCACUUGCAAAUCGCGACGGAUUGGACGAUUGGCGCUCUCGGUCGUCGUCAACAGCAGCACCUGACCCGCAUAUCCGUCGUCAAGGAGCUGCGACCCACCGCGGUUCCAGUGUUAACCUGCAUGGUGAGAUAACACCAGGAGACCUAUCCAGAGGGGAUUUCCCAGCCAACACUUUCUCGCAAGGCGAGGAUACAUAUGGCAACGAUGCCUGUGGAGACGACACGUACGGCAACGGCGAUGACGAGGGCUCUGCGUACGAGGACGGUGCGGCGAGUGCGAGCCGACCUGGGCCCCGUAAGCGAUCUUCCCUCGGCAGCGUUGCCUUCAGCGGUAGCAUGCUCACUGCACCUACGACAUGCUUUGCUGCCGCAGGUGUUGGUGCAGAUGACGGCGACGCGGCGGAGGAGAACGAGUAUGCCAAUACUGACGGCAGCUUCCGGGCAGAUGCAGGCAACAGUGGGGCUACCCAUGCCCCGAGCCGAGCAUCUAGCCGAGCACCUAGCCAAUUUAACAGCUGCAGCAACAGCCCCGCAAUCAGCCCUCGGACAUCCGUUACGGAUCCAUUGCCUCGAUCCCACACCUCAUCGUCCGCCACCGUAGAUAUGCACCAGAGGACGCAGCGAUUGUCCGACGGUAGUUUGGCGUCGCAGAUGUCACACAGGCCGCCUCGCCCAGCACACAAGCAGACACGUGCGCUAGUCGAUGGGGAAGAAGAGGACGUGUACGGCAACGACGACGAGGCGAUCUACACCGACGAUGUCGUCAACAGAGGUAGCAGGGGGGCGAUAUACGCCGACGAUGAUGUCGUCAACAGAGGUAGCAUGGGAGCGAUAUAUUCUGACGAUGAUGUCAUCAAUAGAGGUGACGAUGGGGCGAUCUACGCCGAUGAUGGCAUCAUGAACAAUGACGAUGAAGAGCUCUAUGCUGAUAUGCCCGGGGAAUGCAGCAGUCGUAUGUCCGAGGGCAGGAUGAGUGGUCCAGUGGAGGCCGAGUCUGACUAUCAUUUGACAUACGGCGCAGCAUCGGGCAACAGCGCGGGACAUUCUUCGGUCACCUGCGAUAACCCGUACCUCUAUGAAGCACCAUAAAACAACCCAGGCGAACACACACACACACACACACACACACACACACACACACACACACACACACACACUGUUUUUCACUCGUGCGGUGUACAGUGAGUUCGGCUCUAAUCCAAUGGCAUCAUUCGGAAGUCACGUGACCAGCUUCACACGUGAUUGAGUUGAGGGAAGAUGUCUUGUUUUUCACAGCGCUCACUACAUACAGGUGUCUUACGACUACUGCUUCACUCCGGCUUGUCCGAUAUGGUAUGCAUGAACACUCUCAUACCAUCCUGUAUAUAGUUUUGCGCUAUAAUAUUAAUUGCACUGCAUGCGCAUGUGCAUGUGCAGCUGCCUUUUUUCUAUCGAAUGUCCGCAGUACUUUCUUCUUCUUUUCUUGUUCUGGUCCCGAAGGAGUGAAAGACAAUUGCUGCGGACGGCAUGCAGCAGGGAGUAGUAAAGUACCGGUAGUUCACUACUCCCUGGUAUGCAGUGUUUGAGCUGCCCACCAUAGAAUGUUGGCCUAUUUCAAGAUCUCUCUGUGUACAUUAAACUCGCUGGAUCCCACAAUAUAGGCUUAAUUUUACUCUCUUUCCAUGAAACGCUACACUCAAAAAUCAAUCAUUUUCAUAUUGCCGCAGAAGUCAACCAUGGCCAGCAUCGUAUUCUGUGUUAGCGCUGGUUAUGUUAUUUUUUGCUAGGAUUCCUACUGGACCAGUAUCAGAUCUAUUUUCAUC